UGACCCACCCCGAUCACUCCCAUUACUGGUUCAAAUCUCAGCAGCUCACAACCUCAGGCAGGGGUGUGACAACCAAACCCCCCUCCACACACACACACAGCAUUAAUAUUGAUCUCAAUACAUGCCAUCAGUUGACUGACAGGUUCACCAACAGUGUAAAGGUAUAAAAGCACUGUGUUCACUUUUUUAAAGCAUCCUUCUUUCAGCAAGUGCUGCUGCUACUGCUAGUGCUGCUUGGACCAAACAUUACAACAAGAUGUCAUCAAGUCUGCUCUUCUUGUUGCUCCUUUGUGGACUGGGGAUUGGAGGAAAUAUACUUUGUGAUGCACAACCAGAUACAUGUGAAGGAAAAGAUUGUAACUUCUGCCCUCCUGGAUGGUCUACAGAUAAAGAACGCUGUUACCUGUUCAACAGUACUAAAGUGAACUGGGAUACAGCUGAGGAAAGCUGCAUUGACGAAGGUGGACAUUUGGCCUCCUUUCAUAACCAAGAUGAGUACGAUUUUAUCCGGAGAUUCAUUGUGACUGCUACAGGGACCGAUACAAAAGCUUGGGUUGGAGGCACCGAUAUAGAAGAGGAAGGUGUGUGGAAAUGGAGCGAUGGCACCAGCUUCUCCUACACUCAUUGGGGCAGUGGGGAACCAAACAACUUGGGUGGAAACGAGAACUGCAUGGAUAUCAACGUGGAUGGACAAGAUCACGUCAACGAUGAAGUCUGCAGCCAAGAAAAUGCUUUUGUUUGCGUUCAAGUUGUGUAACUGUCUUUGUUGUCCCAACAACACGAUGAUGUCACUUCCAGCAGGAGCUCAAGCCUCAAAGACGUCCCUUCUGGAGGUCAACUGGUCAAAUUUGAUCUCUUUUAGAUAAUUUACAUAAAUAAAUGCAUGUCCUCAACGGUUUUUUAUUUUUGUCUGUCUGCGGCAAUAUUAAGAACCAUCAUUUAAAUAUAAUAAACACUUGAC